UAGGAGAAGUGACUAUACAGAAUGGCCAGGACCAAGCAGACUGCCCGUAAAUCUACCGGUGGCAAAGCCCCUCGCAAACAAUUGGCUACUAAGGCUGCCCGGAAAAGUGCGCCGGCCACUGGGGGAGUGAAAAAGCCCCAUCGUUAUCGCCCCGGCACUGUGGCUCUGCGAGAGAUCCGCCGCUACCAGAAAUCUACUGAGCUGCUCAUCCGCAAGCUGCCCUUCCAGCGCCUGGUCCGUGAAAUUGCCCAGGAUUUCAAGACCGACUUGCGCUUCCAGAGCUCGGCGGUUAUGGCCCUGCAGGAGGCUAGCGAAGCAUAUCUGGUUGGUCUCUUUGAGGAUACCAACCUGUGCGCUAUUCAUGCCAAGAGAGUCACUAUUAUGCCGAAAGACAUCCAGUUGGCUCGGCGCAUCCGUGGGGAAAGAGUAGAAAGCAUCAGACUAGUUCACUUCAGUUUAUGUUUUUUCCGAUUUUGUAACGUGUCUGUGACCAUGUCUGAAACUGCGCCUGUAGUUGCAGCAGCAGCUGCCCCUGCUCCAGCCUCCAAGGCUCCAGCUAAAAAGGCAAAGAAGGCGGCCGGGGGUUCGAAACUCCGGAAGCCCUCGGGCCCCAGCGUGACUGAGCUGAUCACUAAGGCAGUAUCAGCCUCUAAGGAGCGCAAAGGGCUCUCUUUGGCUGCUCUUAAGAAAGUUUUGGCAGCUGGCGGGUACGAUGUAGAAAAGAACAAUAGCCGUAUUAAGCUGGGGCUGAAGAGUCUGGUGAGCAAAGGCAUUUUGGUACAGACCAAAGGUACUGGUGCCUCUGGUUCCUUCAAACUCAACAAGAAGCCUGGCGAAAUCAAGGAAAAGGCACCCAAGAAAAAGCCAGCGGCAAAGCCUAAGAAACCUGCUGCCAAGAAACCCGCCAGCGCCUCUAAGAAGCCUAAGAAAGCUGCGGCCGUGAAAAAGAGCCCGAAAAAAGCCAAGAAACCAGCGGCUUCCGCGGCUAAGAAAGCGGCCAAGAGCCCGAAAAAGGCCAAGCCCGCCAAGCCCAAAAAGGCAGCUAAGAGCCCGGCUAAGGCCAAGGCGGUGAAGCCCAAGGCUGCCAAGCCCAAGCCAACCAAACCUAAAUUAGUGAGAAUGGCGAGGACAAAGCAAACAGCUCGCAAAUCUACUGGGGGCAAAGCUCCCCGUAAACAGCUGGCUACUAAAGCUGCCCGUAAAAGUGCUCCUGCGACGGGAGGAGUGAAAAAACCUCAUCGCUACCGGCCCGGCACCGUGGCUCUGCGGGAGAUCCGCCGCUAUCAGAAAUCUACUGAGCUGCUCAUCCGCAAGCUGCCCUUCCAGCGCCUGGUCCGUGAAAUCGCCCAGGACUUCAAAACUGAUUUGCGCUUCCAGAGCUCGGCUGUUAUGGCCCUGCAGGAGGCUAGUGAGGCUUAUUUGGUUGGGCUUUUUGAGGACACCAACCUGUGUGCUAUUCACGCCAAGAGAGUCACCAUUAUGCCCAAGGACAUCCAGUUAGCCCGGCGUAUCCGCGGGGAGAGAGCUUAACAUUCCUAAUAGCAGGCGUUCAUGCAACCA